AUGCUUGUGUGCGUGCAGAAGGACUACAGCUCCCAUAGUGCAUGGCGGCCAGCACUUUGUAAACACUAAUGGAGUUUGAAGGGCGAAGAGACGGAUGAUUGUGUUUGUGCGCUAUAACCUCGGGCCAGGUGUGCCUGUGGAGCUGCAGGAGGAGGCAAGUGUUGCCCAACUGAAGGAGAUGGUGGGGAGUCAGCAAGGAGUGCAGCCAGAGCACCUCAGGGUGCUGUUCGCUGGCAGGUCACUGAGAAGCAAUGCCAAGCUGCAGGAUUGUGACCUCCCAGAGCAGAGUACCAUCCAUGUUGUCCUCCCUUCAUCAGGUUCUUCCUCCUCCCAGCUCGGCCUGUUGCAGGAGAGACUGGCUCGAGGCAAAGACGAGGAGCAGAACAGUCUGACCAGGUUGGACCUCAGCUCCUCACGCCUACCUUCCACCUCCUCGGGCCUGGCAGUGGUCUUAGAUGGGAGUGAUGGAGGAGAAGGUGUCAGAGAGGUGGAUGAGGCGGGAGAGGUGGAGCAGGCUCCAUGUUUGAAAGGUUCGCGUAACUGCAGUUUGUUUUUUGUGUACUGUAAGAGCUGCAGGUCCAUCCAACCUGGAAAACUGAGAGUACGCUGCGGCAGCUGCAAACAGACCACACUGACACUGAGUAGAGGUCCAUCCUGUUGGGAUGAUGUCCUUAUACGAGGUCGUAUUCAUGGUAUCUGUCAAACAGAAGAUUGUCAAGGCAACGUUGCGGAGUUCUACAUGAAAUGCGCAUCCCAUCCAACCUCAGAUGAAGACAUCUCUGUGGCCCUGGACCUCAUUAUGACCAACAGCAGAGACGUCCCCUGUAUUGCCUGCACUGAAAUCAUGGACAUGGUUCUAGUCUUCCAGUGUUUGGAACGUCAUGUGAUCUGUCUUGACUGCUUCCAUCGUUACUGUCAGACACGACUAAACGAGCGGCAGUUUGUGUGUCAUCCUGUGAUUGGCUACUCUCUACCAUGUGCUGCUGGAUGCAUCGACUCUCUCGUUAAAGAGUUGCAUCAUUUCCGGAUUUUGGGAGAUGAUCAGUAUGAGCGGUACCUGCAGUACGGGGCAGAAGAGUGCCUGCAGGAGAUUGGAGGACUCAUGUGCCCGUCACCUGGCUGUGGGGCGGGGCUUGUCCCACUUGAGGGCAGCAGAAGGGUGGAGUGUGACAGACAGCUGGGAUGUGGCUUUGUCUUCUGCAAAGACUGCAGAGAGGUGUACCAUGAGGGGGUUUGUCACGCAGAGCCCGUCCCACCCCCAGGUGAAGCCUCACAGGGUUUUGUUGUGGAGGAGGAGGCGUCCCUCAGAGGGAGGUGGGAUAGAGCCUCCCUGCUCCUGGUGCAGGAGUCAACUAAACGCUGCCCUAAGUGUUCCGUUCCUGUGGAAAGAAAUGGCGGCUGUAUGCACAUGCAGUGUCCUCUGUGCAAAGCAGAGUGGUGUUGGCUCUGUGGAGUCACCUGGAACAGAGAGUGUAUGGGAGACCACUGGUUUGGAUGACACCAGAUGUUCCCAGUUGUUGUCCAUAGACACUAAAGCACCUGUAAGAAGAAAUGAAACCACUGACCCGGCAAAUGCAGCUGAUAAUCAAAACUUUGGGGGUGGGGUUCUUAAAGAUUCUAAUGAGAGUGAGGUCCUUUCUGGUUCCGGCAGGUGAGUGUGGAUCUGAAGUCUGUUGAGCUUAUUUAUUAUUCUUUUACUAAAUAAUAAAUUGGAAUAAUUGAGAAGAAUCUUUGAAACAAACAGAUCAUUGAGGACUUGAGAAGUCGCUGAUUAAAGUCUAUUAAACAGAGAAUAGUUUGUGUUUUCUGUGGCCGGGGAUGGGGGAUGCACAUUUUAAACACUGACUGUGUAUUUUGGAUUGUUGUCAUCAAUUCAACACUCAACCAAAAACUGUGAAUCAAUUUACAAAAAAAUAAACUGGAUUAUUCAAAUCAA